CCCAGCUGGCGUCACCAGGACAACGGGCGUUGCCGGCGCCGUGUGACUCGGGGCUGUGGGCGCGCUGGCGGCUCUCCGGCCAUGGUUUUCUCAAAUAAUGAUGAAGGCCUUAUUAACAAAAAGUUACCAAAAGAACUUCUUUUAAGAAUAUUUUCCUUCUUGGAUAUAGUAACUUUGUGCCGAUGUGCACAGAUUUCCAAGGCUUGGAACAUCUUAGCCCUGGAUGGAAGCAACUGGCAAAGAAUAGACCUUUUUAACUUUCAAACAGAUGUAGAGGGUCGAGUGGUGGAAAACAUCUCCAAGCGCUGCGGCGGGUUCCUGCGGAAGCUCAGCUUGCGAGGCUGCAUUGGUGUUGGGGAUUCCUCCCUGAAGACCUUUGCACAGAACUGCCGAAACAUCGAACACUUAAACCUCAAUGGGUGCACAAAAAUCACUGACAGCACGUGUUACAGCCUUAGCAGAUUCUGCGCCAAGCUGAAACAUCUGGAUCUGACCUCCUGCGUGUCCAUCACCAACAGCUCCUUAAAGGGCAUCAGCGAGGGCUGCCGGAACCUGGAGUACCUGAACCUCUCGUGGUGUGAUCAGAUCACGAAGGAUGGCAUCGAGGCCCUGGUGCGCGGCUGCCGAGGCCUGAAGGCCCUGCUCCUGCGGGGCUGCACGCAGUUAGAAGACGAAGCUCUAAAACACAUUCAGAACUACUGCCAUGAGCUCGUGAGCCUCAACCUCCAGUCCUGCCCACGCAUUACGGACGAAGGCGUGGUACAGAUCUGCAGGGGCUGCCCCCGGCUGCAGGCCCUCUGCCUGUCUGGCUGCAGCAACCUCACGGACACCUCUCUCACAGCCCUGGCGUUGAACUGCCCGAGACUUCAGAUUUUGGAGGCUGCCCGGUGUUCCCAUUUGACCGAUGCAGGCUUUACACUCUUAGCUCGGAAUUGCCAUGACCUCGAGAAGAUGGAUCUGGAAGAAUGUGUCCUGAUAACCGACAGCACGCUCAUCCAGCUCUCCAUUCACUGUCCUAACCUGCAAGCCCUGAGCCUGUCCCACUGUGAGCUCAUCACAGAUGACGGAAUCCUGCACCUGAGCAACAGCACCUGUGGCCAUGAGAGGCUGCAGGUACUGGAAUUGGACAACUGCCUCCUCAUCACCGACGUGGCCCUGGAGCACUUGGAGCACUGCCGUGGCCUGGAGCGCCUGGAGCUGUAUGACUGCCAGCAGGUUACCCGCGCGGGCAUCAAGCGGAUGCGGGCUCAGCUCCCUCAUGUCAAAGUCCAUGCCUACUUUGCACCCGUCACACCACCCACAGCAGUGGGAGGAAGUGGCCAUCGGCUGUGCAGGUGUUGUGUCAUUCUCUGACAGCAGCUGCAGGGCCCAACACAGAGAAGACCCAAGUCUUCCCUACCUUCUCCACGGUCACCGAAAUCUGUUGCGUCUCCAUUGGGAAAGGUAUUUACAGGUAAAAGACUUCUGUAGGGAUUGCAGUAACUUUGGCGAUAGUUUUGACUUUAGUCUGCUGCGAUACAAUCAAAUCAAAGCCUUGUCAGUAAACACACAGCAAGAGUGGCUUCAGUGCAGCCAGGAUCCUGCAAGAAACCUGGUUUCUUAACAAGGUGGGUUUACCUUCUUAGGGACAAGAGUUCUGUCCUCAGCUUUGUCAGCAUUCCUCAGACCAUCAGUGUUAGCACAAAUGGAGCAGAAAAACCAAGCUGUUGAUUUUCUACCUGAUACUUAAGAUAGUGGCCUACUUUAAUUCACAACAAUUCCAUUUUGAUUAGCAGGGCUUUUCCACUUUGACGCACCUUUAUCAAAGUGACUGUACUGCAAAUUCGUAAUACCUAAUAGUUUUGUGUGUGGAAGGCAUGUUAAGAAGUUUCUGAGACACCAAAGAAAUGAGGACUCUACACUGGGUGAAGCAGGGUCUUCACCUAUUUCUGUCAACUUGGGGGACCAAACAAAACAGUCAACCCUGAGUUCAAGUUGCCCGAUUGAAAAUUAGAAGCUCUGGUGUAUGCUAUAGCACACAGUUUUACUAUAGGAGAAAAGCUAAUGUCAUAUCUCACAAAACUUGGGGGACCUUAAUGAA